AUGUCCGAAACAUUCGACGUUACCGCAGCCCGCGAUCGCUUCCCCGCACUAAAUCAAGACCAGGUAUUUCUCGACAACGCUGGAGGAAGCCAGACCCUGGGAGAUGUGAUCGACUCCAUAACCCAAUAUUUGUCAAAGACCAACGUCCAACUCGGCGCCUCCUACCACACCGGCAAAAUCUCCAACACCAGAUACGAAGAAGGCUACCAGGCUGCCGCAAAUUACAUGAAUGCAGGCCGCGAUGAGAUCGUCCUCGGAGGCUCUACCACCCAGCUCUUUAUGAACCUUUCGUCGGCGCUAAAGAUCCCCGAAGGCUCAGAGAUCAUUCUUUCGAAGAUGGAACAUGAGACGAACGUGAAGCCCUGGCUUCAUUUGGCAGAUCGUCUGAAGCUUACGGUUAAGUGGUGGGAGUCGCCUAAGCCAGAGCUGAAACUUACGCCUGAGAACCUCAAACCGCUGCUAGGGCCGAAGGUAAAGUUCGUUGCGUGUACCCACGUAAGCAAUAUAUUGGGAGGGAUUCAUGACGUGAAGGCAAUUGCAGAUACUGUGCAUGAGGCAGGUGCGUUGUUUUGUGUGGAUGGUGUGAGCUUCGCUCCCCAUCGGAAGGUUGACGUGAAAGCUUUUGGAGUGGAUUUCUACGCGUUCUCGUGGUACAAGGUUUACGGCCCACACAUCGCUGUCCUGUACGCCAGCAAUGCCGCCCAAGAAUACGUGAAACCGCUCCCACACUACUUCAACUCCACCAAAACCCUCGAAGACAAACUCGGCUUCGCAGCUUCCAACUACGAAAAUGUGCAGUCUCUUCCCUGCAUAGUCGAUUACCUGGCCGACAAAAGCGAUGCUAUUGUCGCGCAUGAAGAAAAAUUGCAGACCAUCCUGCUUGAGUUUUUGAACUCACGCAAGGACAUCACUGUACUAGGCUCUACUUCAUCAGAUUCAACUGUCAGAGUUCCGACCAUCUCAUUCGUGGUGAAGGGCAAGGAUUCGCGGGAGAUCGUGGAGCAGGCGGACAAAAUCAGCAACCUUGGAUUCAGAUGGGGUCAUUUCUAUUCCAAGAGGCUGUGCGAUGAGGUGUUGGGGUUGGCACCGGAGGGUGUUGUGCGCGUUAGUAUGGUGCACUACAAUACGGAGGAUGAAAUUCAAGAGCUUGUAGAGAUCCUUGAGAAGAUAUUGUCUUGA